AGGAGAGGAUAAAAAAGAAGUGUAGUGGUGUUUUUUGGAAAUCAAAAGGUUGAAAGUGAAGUGACAUCCACAAAACGUCGUCGUAUAGGGAGGUUUCAGAAAUUUGGGAUUCAACACAACAGAAAACAGCUCUCUCCCUCCGAUUGGUUCUUCGUCAUCCUCUCUCCAAACAGAAAUUUGGGAUUCAACACCAACAAUUACAGCUUCUUCGCUGUUUUUCAUUCCUCCUUUUAGGCCAUGGCUACGAGGAAAGUCAUAGCUAUAUGUCAAUCAGGAGGUGAGUUUGUGACCAAUAAGGAUGGAUCAUUGUCAUAUAAUGGUGGAGAUGCCUAUGCAAUUGACAUCGAUCAGCAGACAAAGUUGAGCGAUUUUAAGUCAGAGAUAGCAGAAAUGUUCAACUGCAAUGUAAGUACGGUGAUUAUCAAGUACUUCCUUCCUGGCAACAAGAAAACGCUUAUUACAGUGUCAAAAGACAAGGAUUUGCAACGCAUGGUCAGUUUCCUAGGGGAUGCUAACACGGUUGAUGUGUUUGUUAUGUCAGAGGAAGGAGCAGCGAGAAAUAAUACAUCCAACAUGCCUGGUAGUAGGUCAAGCAGGACAACUGUGUCAGAAGCCAUUGUUCCUGUUGUUACUCCUGUUGAUGUCAUCGUUGACGCUGUCCAAUCCAUAGAUCAAGUUGAGGUAGAUGGAGCUAAUGGAGCCCUUGCGCCUUCUACUUUUUCUGGGACCGUUGUUGACAAAAAUUGUAAAGCUGCACAACAGUGGGAAAAUACCAUUACUGGUGUGGGCCAAAGGUUUAAUAGUUUUAGUGAAUUUCGAGAUGCUUUGCAUAAAUUCUCUAUUGCUCAUGGGUUUGCUUACAAAUAUAAGAAAAAUGAUAGUCACCGUGUAACAGUCAAAUGUAAAUCUCAAGGUUGUCCUUGGAGAAUAUAUGCAUCAAGGUUGUCAACCACUCAAUUGAUUUGUAUUAAGAAAAUGCAUUAUAAUCAUAUUUGUGAAGGAUCUGUCGUUAAAGCUGGUUAUCGAGCAACUAGGGGUUGGGUGGGAAGUAUUAUAAAAGAGAAAUUGAAGGAUUCACCCAAUUACAAGCCAAAGGAUAUUGCUGAUGACAUAAAACGGGAGUAUGGGAUUCAGUUAAACUAUUCUCAAGCAUGGCGUGCAAAAGAAAUUGCAAGAGAGCAACUUCAAGGCUCCUAUAAAGAGGCAUAUACCCAGUUACCAUUCUUCUGUGAGAAGAUAAAAGAGACCAAUCCAGGAAGUUUUGCCGCAUUCACGACAAAAGAGGACUCAAGUUUCCAUCGUCUCUUUGUAUCAUUUCAUGCAUCAAUAUCCGGUUUUCAGCUAGGCUGUCGUCCCCUCAUUUUCCUUGACAGAACACCUUUAAACUCAAAGUACCAAGGGGAGUUAUUGGCUGCAACUGCUGUGGAUGGAAAUGACAGCAUUUUUCCUGUAGCCUUUGCUGUUGUAGAUGCCGAGACUGAAGAUAACUGGUAUUGGUUUCUGCAGGAACUGAAAUUAGCAAUAUCGACUUCUGAGCAUAUCACGUUUGUUGCAGAUUUUCAGAGUGGUUUAAAGAAGUCAUUGUCUGAGAUAUUUGAAAAAUGCUACCACAGCUAUUGUUUACGCCACCUUGCUGAGAAAUUGAACAAAGACUUGAAGGGACAAUUUUCUCAUGAGGCCAGACGUUUCAUGAUUAAUGAUUUUUAUGCUGCUGCUUAUGCACCCAAAUUGGAGACUUUUGAACGUUGUAUUGAGAACAUAAAAGGUAUUUCUCCUGAAGCCUAUGAUUGGGUCAUACAAAGUGAGCCAGAGCACUGGGCGAAUGCAUUCUUUAAUGGAGCAAGAUAUAAUCUUCUGUUAUCAAAUUUUGGACACCAAUUCUACAGUUGGGUGUCAGAGGCACACGAAUUGCCAAUUACUCAAAUGAUUGACACAUUACGAGGUAAGAUGAUGGAAGCUAUUUACACACGAAGGGUGGAAUCUAAUCAAUGGGUGACAAAGUUGACACCAUCCAAGGAGGAAAUGCUCCAAAAGGAAACAUCAGUUUCUAGUUCCCUUCAAGUUUUGCUCUCACAAGGUAGUACAUUUGAGGUUCGUGGAGAAUCUGUUGAUAUUGUUGAUAUUGAUAACUGGGAUUGUAGUUGCAAGGGAUGGCAACUUACUGGCAUACCUUGUUCCCAUGCCAUCGCUGUCUUGGAAUGUGUUGGUAGCAGCCCUUAUGAUUAUUGUUCGAGAUACUUCACAGUUGAGAAUUAUCGAUUAACAUAUGCAGAAUCCAUUCACCCUGUGCCAAAUGUUGACAGACCAGUCCAGAGUGAAUUGUCUCUAGCAGUGACUGUAACCCCUCCGCCAACUAAACGCCCUCCAGGUCGGCCAAAAAUGAAGCAGGUUGAAUCAAUAGACAUAAUUAAACGUCAGCUUCAGUGCAGUAAGUGCAAGGGACUUGGCCACAAUAGGAAGACAUGCAAACUUUCAUAGUAGUAUUACAGCAUAGGACUAUUUUUGAAGCAAAAUGCAUAUCUUUGUUUGGAGCUAUUUCCAACAAUGGUAGAGAAUUGAGAUACAUUUUAGUGGCUGAAUUGGAUUUGGUUCGAUUCGAAUCUCCAAAAUUCUUGUGCUGACUAUCUAGAGAUUAUCUGAUUGUGAUAGUAGUCAGUUUUUGUCUUGUUUUGCUCUAUCCAAUGUUAUCUGCCAGAGAACAGUUUACUUCCAUCUCGUGGAGUACAUAUAUUUUGUAUAAUGUUAGUGUUAAGAUAGAAGGGAAACAGAGAGUUAUCAGUGUAGUAGGCUUUCAUUGUAGCCAUUUUCUCUUCAAUUUAAAUUUAUAAUUUUUCUCUCUCCAUUCAUUUUCUUUCCUCUCAAUCAAACAAGAGAUUAUAGUAAGCUAGAGAGAAGUUGAAACAAUUGAUUUAUAUUCAAAAUCGUUGCUAAAAUGUAGUCUGAGACGUUUUCAUUG